CAGUGUUACGAGUUUUGUGAAUUAAUGUUUUGUAUUAUUUUUUGUUUGGAGCAAACAAUAUGAAUACAAAAGAAAAAGAAAAAUAUAUCGAAGAAUUUGAUUUUCCUCAUUGCGAUGAAUCUUCUAAAUAUGAAAAAGUCGCAAAAAUUGGCCAGGGUACUUUCGGAGAAGUUUUCAAAGCGAGGGAUAAAAAAACUAAUAAAAAAUUCGUAGCUAUGAAAAAAGUUUUGAUGGAUAAUGAGAAAGAAGGGUUUCCUAUAACUGCACUAAGAGAAAUAAGAAUAUUACAAUUAUUGAAGCAUGAAAAUGUAGUGAAUCUUAUAGAAAUUUGUAGAACAAGAGGAACUUUUGCAGCGACACAGUACAAUCGAUAUCGGUCUACUUUUUACCUCGUAUUUGAUUUUUGCGAACAUGAUCUUGCUGGUUUGUUAUCCAAUGUAAAUGUUAAAUUUAGUUUAGGAGAAAUUAAAAAGGUCAUGCAGCAAUUGUUAAAUGGCCUGUAUUAUAUUCAUAGUAAUAAGAUUUUACAUAGAGAUAUGAAGGCUGCGAAUGUUUUAAUUACAAAAAAUGGCAUAUUAAAACUGGCUGAUUUUGGUUUAGCAAGAGCAUUUAGCACUAGUAAGAAUGGUCAACCAAAUCGUUACACAAAUAGAGUUGUUACUCUUUGGUACAGGCCUCCGGAGUUAUUAUUAGGAGAUAGAAAUUAUGGCCCACCAGUAGAUUUAUGGGGCGCCGGAUGUAUAAUGGCUGAAAUGUGGACAAGAUCGCCUAUAAUGCAAGGUAAUACAGAACAACAACAAUUAAUAUUAAUUUCACAAUUAUGUGGUUCUAUAACGACUGAAGUUUGGCCAGGAGUAGAACGUUUAGAAUUAUUUAAUAAAAUGGAUCUACCCAAAGGGCAGAAAAGAAAAGUUAAAGAUAGACUGAAGCCAUAUUUAAAAGAUCCGUACGCAUGUGACUUGUUGGAUAAACUUCUUAUCCUUGAUCCUAGUAAAAGAUACGAUUCUGAUUCUGCUUUAAAUCACGACUUCUUCUGGACUGAUCCAAUGCCUUGUGAUCUCAGUAAAAUGUUAGCACAACAUACACAAAGUAUGUUUGAAUAUCUAGCACCACCAAGACGACCAGGUCAUAUGCGACAUCCUCAUCAUCAAGUACCAGGUGGUCCGACAAAACCUAGUUCAAGUAUGGCCGAUAGUGGAUAUCAAGAUCGAGUUUUCUAAAUAAAUUAAUAAGAUUAGCAUAUGUAAUAAUGAAUGCGUCCCAUAGCAUUUUUAUUUUUUAGUCUUUUUUAUAAGAAUAUAAUAUAUUUAAUAUUAUUCAUUAUGGCCCAAUAAGCCAAGAAAAAGGACUCGAUAUUACAAAAUACAAACAUAUAAACUAUUAAUUUUAUAACUCAUAAAUUAGUUACAGUCUUUUUUAACUUAAAAUAAACUUAAUCUAAUUUCGUUUAAUACAAUGUUCCUAAAAGGAACUCUUUGGUACUUUUAAGUGUACUUUAAACUUUAAAGUACGCAUGAUACUUUAUAUCUUGUGAUAUAGUUUAGUAGUUUAUAUUUUAUUCUAAUGAUUCAAUUUUUAUCAUACUUUUCUUUCAGUAUUGUUUUUAAUUUUUUCUCUUUGUUCAAUUGCUGUUCUACUCUUAUUUGACUGUAACCACAUUCUUCGACGUGUGCCAGCCAUGAUUUCAACUUUUUCUUUUCCCCUAUAUAUGUAAAUAUUUUGACUUUCUCAAUAUUAUUU